GAAGACUUUUUCAGCUUUCUGGUGGGUGAGGUUAUCAUGGAGAGAGCUGUGUUUAAAGUCACCUCUUUGCUGCUGCUGCUGGCUUUGGUUACCACUCUGCCAACCAAGGAGGACUGGGACAUCCGCAGCUUUCACAUCAACUCCACAGUGACCAGUCGUUAUGCCACCACUGUCAUUACAAGCCGUGUGGCCAAUCGCAUGGAGGAGUCCAAGGAAAUAGAGUUCCACGUCCGGAUUCCCAAGAAUGCCUUCAUCAGUAAAUUCAACAUGUUUAUUGAUGGGCAGCUGUACGAUGGUGCUGUGAAAGCAAAGGAGCAAGCUCAGCAAGAGUACACUCAGGCUGUGUCCCGUGGCCAGAGCGCUGGGAUUGUCAGUUCUGUUGGGAGGACCCUGGAGGAAUUUAAGACUUCUGUGACUGUGGCUCCUCACAAAAAGGUGACCUUUGAACUCACAUACGAGGAGCUGCUGAAACGUCGGAUCGGCCAGUACAAGCUGCAAAUCCACGCUCGCCCCAUGCAGCCUGUUAAAGACUUCAAGGUUGAUGUGCAUAUUCACGAGAAAGCCGGCAUCAGUUUCAUUAAAGUUCAAGGAGGACUGAGCACCAAGGACCUGGCUCAUGCCAUCACCAAAACACAUGCAGAUAAAGAGGCGUGGGUACAUUUCUACCCCACUGAGGACCAACAGAAAACAUGUGACAGCUGUGGAGAGCAGGGUAUGAAUGGAGAUCUGGUUGUUGUGUAUGAUGUGAACAGAAACGCCUCGUUUGGAGACAUUAAGAAAAGUUCAGAUGGGUACUUUGUUCAUCACUUCGCUCCAUCUAAUCUUACCCGAAUAUCCAAGAACGUCGUCUUCAUUAUUGAUCAAAGUGGUUCCAUGCAUGGCAGAAAAAUUGAACAGACGAGAUCAGCAUUACUCCAAAUCUUAAGUGACCUGGCAGGAGACGACUACUUUGGUCUCAUCACCUUUGACCGCGAAAUCUUUCACUGGAAACGAGAACUUGUUCAGGCCAGCCAGGAAAACCUGGGAAGUGCCAAAGCAUUUGUAAAACGUAUAAACGAUAGAGGAGCCACGGACAUUAACCUGGCAGUGUUGGAAGGAGCCCGUAUGCUGAAUGCAAAUCCCAGAGAAGGUUCAGCAUCGAUCCUGAUACUUCUCACUGACGGAGACCCAACUUCAGGUGUGACAGAUCUGGGAAGAAUAAAGUCAAAUGUAAAGGAGGCCAUUGCAGGCAAAUUCCCACUCUACUGUCUUGGUUUUGGUUAUGAUGUCAACUUUGAGUUCCUGAAGACGAUGUCGCUGCAGAACGAUGGUGUGGCGAGGCGGAUCUAUGACGACUCUGAUGCUGAUAUACAGCUGAGGGGUUUCUAUGUAGAGGUGGCCACUCCUCUGCUGACAGAUGUGACAAUGAUAUAUUUGGGUGGGACCAAUUUAACCCAGACAAACUUCAGCCAGUAUUAUGAUGGCUCUGAGAUCGUGGUGGCCGGUCAGAUCCCUGACAACAACGUUGAAACCUUUAUUCCACAAGUUGUGGCCAUCUCUCGGAAUAGCAAGGUGACAUUUUCGGAAACAAACAUCGCUGACAUAGUGUCUGACGACCACAUCCAGAGGGUUUGGGCCUACCUCACAGUCAAACAGCUUCUGGAGAAAGAGCUGCAGUUGUCUGGACCGGAGAAGGACAAGGUGAAGGAGGAGGCCUUGGAGCUGUCGCUGAAGUACAGCUUUGUGACCCCACUUACAUCCAUGGUGGUGACCAAGCCUCAGGGAGAGAGCACAGAUGUGCUCCAUAAACCAAAGGAAGGUGGGACAGACACAAACCCACAGAGGGGUUCUGGAAGUGUUUCUGCAGGACGUUAUGGAGGAGGAUAUUCUCAUAGCGUUCACAUUCCAGGACCAACUCAAUCUCCUUGGCUAUCUAGAAGAAGACAACAUCAUCCUAUGCAUUUUGGAAGAGGACACCCUCGUCCUACUAUGGUCUCUGGAAGAAGACACCCUCGUCCUACUAUGGUUUCUGGAAGAACUGCUCUCCUCCUAGAUUACGGUCACACAGAGGUUUUAACGAGAGAUUUGGUGAUGAUGGAAGCAGUUCCUGUCCCAGUGCUCCCUCGUCCUACUAUGGUCUCUGUAGAAGCUCCUCUUUCUCGCAGGUUUUUGCUGGAAGCUGAAAAUCAGUCUAUUCCACUGUGCUUUGACAUCACUGGAAAUGUACAACUUAAACUACUUCACAGUCCCAGCAGGGAGCUGUCUGUGAAUGGUGAGCUGGACUCAGUUGCAGGUGGGGGCUUCACAAAGAUCGUCAUCCAUGUCAAACCUGACCUGUACAUUGACAUUGACGUCAAUGAAAUCCUUGUACGAGAUGGACAGACACUGACACGCCACACUGGAGAGGAGCAAAUCACAGCUGGAAGUGUGACGGUGAUUAAACGGAACAAGGAAGUGGAUGUCGCUACUGGGGACAUACGAAUUGUCAUCUUACUUCAUGAGAGACACGGUGAAAAAUUCCUGUGGCCGGUUUUAAGGCAACAUCCACCUGACAACAACGCUGAAGGAAUUUUAGCUCUAAAACCUGCGGUUUAUGAGGAGCUGCAGCAAACUCCCUCUUCCAGGCUUAUGAUCAAUGGGCAGGAGGUCGAUGUGGACAGAUCCGAUGCUGUUGACUACAGUAUUGUCCGUCCCCCUAAACGGGGUUGCUGGCUUGUCUCUGCUGAUGCUGCCCUGCAGAGACCCCUGGAUGACUUCAUUGUCUAACAGCUUUAAGUGAGAGCGACGCUGUAUCUCUUGAGAAGAUCAUCCACCUGUGAUACUCAACAUAAAGGAAUAAAUAGUGUCCCAGA